GAUGCGUAUAAUCAUAUAAACGUGUCUACUGCGUAAUUAGCUGCUUUUAUGAUCCUCGCCGCGAGAGCAAGUGUGCAAACUGACAGCUCAGUAAUGCGAUUAUUCGUGAUAAUUACCUGAUGAGAAACACCGGUAACCGUUCAUGGCGUUGUGUGUUUACGUAAUUCAUACUAAUGUUGUCACUGGCCUGUCUUGUGAAGUGUGAAGCAAACAAGUCAUGUUAAUGAGGGAAAUUCUGUAUUUUGCUAGGUGAGUUUGUGUAAGAAAGAUAAGGAAUAUCUAGAUUUUUUGUGUGAUUUGUACAAGAACAUGAAAGAAAGAAAGUUAAGGUGUUAAUUUCCUUAAAAAAAAAAAAAAAAAAAACGCGGAUACAUCGAUUCCAGAAAAGUAAAUAAAAGAAAAAGAAAAUCAUGGUUUCUACCGAAAAAGAGUAAGUGAAAUCCGGAAGGAUAUAUCCGUAGAGUUUGGUCAUCACACGUACGUCGAGGGCGCACCGUUACAACGUAAUGUGAUGUAGGCUUCCUGCCGAUGGUUGGCCCCGGUCCGUACGUGGGCGGGAGCCAGGGGACUGUCGCCUUGGACAAGAGUCUCCUGAGCCUCCUAGACUCCGUGUGUGCCCAGGGGGGCGGGGCGGAGGUUGUGGCCGCCCUCCUGGGCAAAGGGUUGAUCCGCUCCAAUGGUGGCUCCAUGGACCAGGUGGUGCGGCGCCUCCUGCAGCAAUCCCAGGCGAACAAUAACCAUCCCAAGAACGGCGUCAGUAAGUCCUGCGCCUGCGUCCUCCAUCUCAUACUCCUUCAGGAAUUCGCCACACUGACGAAGGAACUGAACGGGGCGCGCGAACAGCUGCUGGAGCGGGACGAGGAGAUCACGGAACUGAAGGCUGAGAGAAACAACACGAGGCUGUUGUUGGAGCACCUAGAAUGCCUGGUGUCGCGGCACGAGCGGUCGCUGCGCAUGACGGUGGUGAAGCGGCAGGCGGCGUCGCAGUCGGGGGUGUCGUCGGAGGUGGAGGUGCUGAAGGCGCUCAAGUCCCUCUUCGAGCACCACAAGGCCCUCGACGAGAAGGUCCGCGAGAGACUGCGUGUAUCCCUCGAGCGUGUAGCUUCUCUGGAGGAGGACCUCAACCACACCAAAGAUGAGCUGAACCAGUACAAGUUAGGGAAGCUGCCUGGAGACGGUGCAGAAAGUGUGCGCGUGAAUGGCGAGGCAGAGACCAAGGAUGGAGGGAGUGGUGUCAGUGGCGUUGAUGGCAGUGGUGGCAGUGGCACCACAUCCCUCAACAGUGACACUAGUGGGUCACCCUCCACAACGGGGACAGGGGAAGGAGAUGGAGCAUCACAAACCAAAGUCGUGGAGCUUCAGACUUCUCUCGACAAGCAGACAGCAGAGUUGAAUGCUGCCAGAGAGAGGGUGCGGGAGCUACAGAACCGCCUUCAGGAGCUGGAGGAGAACCUGACAAUAACUCAGAAGGAACUCGUGAAGGCGCAAGAGAUUAAUGCACGACUACAAAGAGAUCUCAAGGAAAAUGUUGCACAGAAGGAGGACCAAGAGGAACGUAUUGCCACGUUAGAGAAACGGUACCUUAAUGCUCAAAGAGAGUCCACGUCUUUACAUGACCUUAAUGAGAAGCUAGAAGAAGAACUAAAGAACAAAGAGGCCCAGUAUAAACUUCAAGAAGACAAGAUCAGAGCCUUGCAAGAGAAGGUGGAACUGAGCGAACAGAAACUGGCCCAGUAUGCCAAGUUACCGGACGUGGAACAAGAAUUAAAGCAACGCAUGGAGGCUCUUCACCAGGUACAGGAGAAGCACGGGAGUGCUGAGGACCGCAUUCAGCGCCUGGAGAACCAGCUUGACGAGAAAGGUGGGGAGCUGCACCGUUUGAACCAGCGCCUCAAGAUGAAUGAAGAACACAAUGCAAGAUUGUCUGCCACAGUUGACAAGCUGCUGCAGGAAUCAAAUGAAAGGCUGCAAGUCCACUUAAAAGAGAGGAUGCAUGCCCUGGAGGAGAAGAAUGCACUCACAGCUGAACUGGAGAGAACAAGAAAGAUCCUGGAGGACUCUGCUCAAGAAAAGAAUGAAAUAUUGAAAGAAUUAGCAAGACGGCAACUUGAAGCAGAACAACUGAAGCAACAAAUAUUGCAGCAAGAGAUAGCCUUCAAUAUUAAACAAACUGAAGCAUUAACAAGUUACUUGACGGUUUUCACAUUAUCAGGAAUGGGUGUGCUGGAGAAGAUGCAAUUUCAGUGGAUACAAGAAAUGAUACCAAAAUACCAGAGAACUAAAUACAGGGAGUGUGGAAAUAUUGUUGAGAAAAAUAAAUUUUUAAAGUUUAUUUGUGGAUACAAUCACAACAGUGAAUAUAUGCAGAUAAACCACAUUUUCCUGACACUAGUUCAUAUUGCAGCCAAGAGCUUAGAGAGCAGUAUAAUCAACUAUUAUGUAUUUUGUUCUGCUGAUCUUGACUUCCCAGAUUUCCCCAUCACGGGAAAAUCUGGCUUUAGGCCGGGUGACGCGAACCUGCCGGGGGCAAUGGAAAAGGCUCCAUACAAGUGCACAAACCUCAUUGGAGUGCGGAAUGUAAUGUCCGUGGCCCGUGACUGGAAGAGUGCCGGCUCCAUGGAGGACGCCAUUUCCAUGCUCAGCAUUGUAUUCCUGUUCUUCUUUUCUUCUGCUGUUUACGUGUGGUGCUUGAUGUUUCAUUUCUUUAUGAUUUGCACUGUGGUUUAUCGUUUGGUCUCCCUCUCAUGCAGCGACCUUAUGGGGGGGACAGGAACCACAGUGGGGGGGACUGAGGCUUAUUGGGGAAUGAUGUCUCCCCAUCCUCCCCCAUCGUGGGAAACCCUGCCUGAUCAACAAAGCAGGUUAAUUCAGGAAGAGAAGCAGACUACAGAGGCGCGAGCAGAGGAACUGGAGUCGCGUGUGGGCAGCGUGGAACACAUGAUGCUCCGUGGUCGGUCCCUGGAGCGCCCGUCACCACCCAUAUCCGGCCGCUCGACCCCCAAGUCCCACCACUCGCCCUCGCGUGACUAUCUGCAGAAAUAUCACACGGCCCCGGCUGGCAUGUCUCCUUCCCAUAUGUACCAGUACAUGAAUGACCGCCGUCUGUCAGGGGGAUCUCUGCCCGGCUCCCAGGGUAACCUAGCCAACAUGAACCGAGUUGAUGGCCGAGAUGACAGCCAAGUGUCACUGGGCAUGCGAGGGGAAGGCUCUCCGCCAACUCCUCGUUCACUGCGCCUGAUGCCUGGCCCAGCCAUGGUGCCCCCUACGAGCCUGGUACCUGGAGGUGGUAGUGUGGGAGGACCAAGCGGUGGGCUGCCGUCCCAGCUGGCGAGCCUUACCGCGUCCUCUGAAGACCUGAGGAGGUACACCCACGUGCCUGACCACUCACCUGCCUCUGCUCUCACGCCUGGCCUCCAACAUCACCCCUACUCACCAGGACCCAGUGUUGUCACCCCUGGUCAGCCCUACUACCCUUCAAACUGCAGCCUUCUCUCCAGCCCCAUGCUCAGAGGUGGUGGGGGCGAGUCCUCCCUCUCUACACCAUCCCCCCUCUCUUCCCACCACAGCAGCCAGGAUUCGCUGCACAAGAGCGUGAUCAACCAGCCCAAGAAGAAGGGGAUCAAAUCAUCGCUGGGAAGGUUCUUCAGCAAAAAGGAUAAGCAGGUGAAGGUGAAGGAGGCACUUCAACAGCACCACAGUCCAGGAGGGCUGAGUUCUUCCGGGAUCUACAGCGACGGGGACAUUGGGUCAUCUGAUUCUCUGUCUCUGGCAGGACUCGGUCAGAAGAGUGAUUACGAUAGACGUAACAAGAAGAACUUGCCGGGCUAUAGACAUGAAUUGUUGGCAGAGGCAAUGAAAGCAGGAACACCAUUUGCACUAUGGAAUGGCCCCACCAUCGUUGCAUGGCUGGAGCUGUGGGUGGGCAUGCCAGCAUGGUAUGUGGCAGCUUGUAGGGCAAACGUCAAAUCUGGUGCCAUCAUGUCUGCCUUGAGUGAUGCAGAGAUCCAGCGGGAGAUUGGUAUUUCAAAUCCCCUACACCGCCUCAAGUUGCGUCUGGCCAUACAGGAGAUGGUGUCCUUAACGUCUCCAUCAGCACCAAAGACUUCACGUACGACUCUAGCAUUUGGUGACAUGAACCACGAGUGGGUCGGAAACGAAUGGCUCCCAGCUUUAGGAUUGCCUCAGUAUAGGACAACAUUCAUGGAGUGCUUAGUGGACGCCCGGAUGCUCGACCACCUCACCAAAAAGGAUCUCCGAGGGCAGCUGAAGAUGGUUGACUCUUUCCAUAGAACAUCACUACAGUAUGGAAUAACAGCAUUGAAAAAGAUAAAUUAUGAUCGCGUUGCUUUAGAAGAACGAAGACGAAAUUGUGAAGAGGAAAAUAAGGAUGUGUUGGUGUGGACUAAUGAACGUGUUAUUAAAUGGAUUAAUGACAUUGGUCUAAAGGAAUAUGCCAACAAUCUCAUAGAAUCUGGAGUACACGGCUCUUUAGUAGCACUUGACGAAAGCUUCGACUAUAAUGCCUUGGCUUUAGCUCUUCAGAUUCCCACUCAAAAUGUUCAGGCAAGACAGCUUCUAGAGCAAGAAUUCCGCACCCUUCUUUCCACUGGGACGGACCGAGCUGACAUCAAUAAAUCUUGAUAUGAAGCCCCCGCUGCUAAGGAUGCUGAAGCUAGGCUUGUUUAAUGAAUCCAAAGAAGAGCAACAGUAUAAGCGGUGACAACAUGACCAGUGAUGAUCUUAGAUUCAUUCACAAAGAGUCAGGCUUCGACUAAACCCAAUCGUGUUGCCAGCUGCCUGUGUGACGCUGAUGUGCAACAGUGAUGAUUCUAUGUGGUUCUAAGUAAAGUAAAAUGUCUUUAAAACAUAACGAGUAAAUAAAUAAAAAUGGGUUUACGAGGAUGGCUAUGAUUAAAACGGAUUGGGUUUCUUGCCUGCAGAUCACUUGAUUCAUCAUGGAACUACCUGUCAUCUGCCUUGUUAUUUAUAUUCACCAGAUAUUGUGCUGCAGAGUCUUAGCUGCAGAUUUCACUUUCUGAUGAUGUAAAGGUGAUUGUUGUUAUAAAUUUGAAUGAAAUUUUUUUGGUGCAUUAGCAAAUGUAUAUGCUAUAGUAGACAGUGCUAAAAAUGGAUCACCUUACCAGAAACUCUAGUCGACAGUGGCUAUGGAUCAGCGAACAAGUCUGUGGUGCGAUGUAUUCUGUUGAGCUGACGCUUAUGAUUAGGCUUAGCCAAGCAAUAGUACGCUUGGAAUAGCAUGGAUAAAAUUACCUGGUACUGUGCAGGGCUGUGAGUCGGGAUACGUUCUGCAGAAGCAUAGUGCAGCUGAAGGCAUGUGACUAAAAACGGAAAGUCGGUCGUAACAAUAAUGGCUAAAGAUGUGGACGGUGAUAUGUAUUAUACGUGUAAAUUUUGACUAGACACUGCCUGGCACAAUAUGAGGUUUAUGGAUUAGAUUAGCUGGUGUACAGCCAUGCUUGGAAGACGGUCAGCCUAGGAAGAAAAGGUAAUGCUAUCAAGUUAUGUGCUUAUGAAUACCCGGGGUUAGAUGUUGCUGUGUGUGAUCUAGAUGAUGACAGCAAUCGCUAUGCCACUGUUGUUGGGUGUAUGGAAUUCAUGCUUGUAUACAUACAGGCAUCAUUAAGAUUAGAUGCAUAAGUGAUACAGCUCUGUAAUUAAAAAAGUAAACAUUAUUUAUUAAAGCUGUUCAAAGAUAAGGAAUCAUUUCAAGCAGUCAGUUUUAUGUCAGUGUUAUGUACCAGUCAGUAUAAAGGAGUGAGUGAUAAUUAUCUGGUCCUUCUGGAAAGUUAGCUACAUAGGCUGCCCAUUUUUUUCAGUGAUUAAAAGUCUAGUAUUGUACAGAUUUGUGCUAUAGACAACACAGUGUCUCAAAUUUACUCCAAAAAAUUUAUCGACAAUAUGGUAAUGUUUGUUUUUGCUGCUUUGUUAGUGUGACUGAAACUGCCAAAUCAGGUACAAGAGUGUUUUUAAAGUUACAAGUACUGUGUGCUGGUCAUAGGGCAGCUCCAGUCAACCACAGGAAUACAAUGUAUAUCUGGUGCAGUGUCUGUGUACGCACAUAUGAUUUAUAUGUAACUGUCUGUGUAUUGCCAUCAUUGUUGAAUCACAAUGUUCUGGUUUUAAUUAUAUUGACCUUGAUGUAAGAAGCAUUGGAGACUUCCAAGUGAAGGAGCAGAGCAGGGUUAUGGCUAGUUAGGAAUGUGCUUCAACUUUUGAAGACAAAAACCAUCUUCCAUACUUUACAUGCCAAACUUGUCUUUGUAAUUAAUAUGUGUAAAAAGCCUACUCAUUAUCAAUUGAGACCUUUGGCAAACAGUGUUGGUUUGUAUUAAUGUUAUGUUUGGUAACUGGCCAGGUUUGUACUGAGAACUAUGAAGUGUACUUCCUGUUAUCAAGGAGACUUGAGUUGGCCAGUUAACUUGUGUAUGAGCUGUGUUGUCAUAAGGAACUGAUAUGGUCUGUACAGUGCACUUUACAUUGAUGUUGAGUAUGAUUGAUUGUUUCUGUGAAACUUGUGUAAGUAGUGUCCCAUUCUCAACGUAAUGUUCAGUGUAAUGCCAGAUAUACUCACCUCAUUGUUAUAUGUAAAGCUUCAUGUUUACCAGAUCAUCUAGCCUGCAUUCAAAUCAUGAUGUUACAUUAGUUUUUAAUUUCCUCCUGUGUUCUGGUGCUGUGUGGCUGUAGUGACCUCCUCUCUGAUCCUAAGCCUCCCUCUACUUGCUGCUUCUCACCACAUAGCCCUCGUGCUUUCCCUCGAGUGCUGGCCCUGGAUCUGGACGACCAUUCCAUUCAUGUAUUGUCAUGUGCUGCAUUGACCCGUGUGUGCUACUACCACUAGCUGGUGCUUCUCCCAGUUUGGUAGUCGAGUUCUAAAACAUACCCCUGUACCUCUAGCCUAGGUUUUAUUUUUUUUCCCAUUCUUUUUAUUAUUCUGAUUAUAUUUUUUGUUUUUUUUUUAAAUAUUUUUAACCAUUUUUGACAUGGGGUCAUUUAUUGUGACUUGCAUCAUGAAACUCAUCGCUCCCAUAUCCUCUCUCACAAAGCAGCUUUUUGAGAUGAGACUGAACUCGCUGUUUCAGCUGAUGUGACUUAAACAUUUUCCAAAUGAUUACUAACUUAAUUUUAGACAAACUUUCAUGUACCCUGUAAUAAUGCGCCUCACAGAGUCAGAUAUGCAAAGGGAAAAAAAAAACAAAAAAAAAACAAAAAAAUCAAUAUUUUUUAUUGUAGAACUUGUUUAUCUGUAAAGUAUGUUGUUAAUCACUAAAUCUAAAAUUAAGCUGAAAAUCUGAAAUUCCCUACACACAUGCCUCCUACUCCUUGCACCACCCCUUUCCCCUCUCCCAACACUUUAUGAUGAUUCAUUGGUUUGUGUUGACCUAUGUUCAGAACUCCUUCCAAACCUCCUACCUCUCAACUUUCCAUAAAACUCAGUGUUCUUUAUGGCAGUAUUAUGAUAUUUGCUGCAAUUCUGGCUAUUUCAAAAUGAAGGCCUAUGUAUCUUUUUAUGUGAUUCACACAAUAUUGACUGAAUUUUAUUUUUUCAUAUUUUAGAUGAUAUCAUUUCCAUGAUAUAAUGUAUAGGGCUGGGUAAUACAUUUGUGUGAUCCUUAGUAAGACUUACUUAUUUUCCCAGCAAGGCAGCACCAGUCUUAUAAUCUUGUCAGUGUUUCGUGCCAUUUUCUGAUUAAUUCUAGGACAAAAUGGGCAAUAAAUUAGUUAACAUUUAUGAUAACAUGAUUAAAACUAACUGUAUUUUUAGUAUAAACCUUUUUAUAUAUGGUUAUUUUUGUGGAAGCUUGCUCACUCAGUACAAGUUAAAAGGAGUCUUGAUCAUCAUCAUUCCUCUUAUGGUGUGAUCUAGAUGCUCUUGUAGAAGAAUCAUGUGGAAUCCAAAAGAUCAAAUAUGGACUGGCCAGGUAUAUUUUAUGUAUCAAAUCAUCUCCAAGUGUAGCUAUGUAAGUAGAUUGUUCAGAUGUAGAAUAACGAGCCCAACCAAAGUGUCGUUGGUGAGAGCUCUUUGCCCUGAAUCACCCACAACAGGCUGCUCAGGGCAAGGCCUACCAAUACUACUACUAAUCUUACUGUUCACCUCACUGCAUCUACGAGUGAGGUUUUGCUGUGUUGAUUUUAUGUCACUUUACGUUCAACACUGAUGCCAUGAUCCUCCCAAGUAUUCUGAAGUGUGAUGCAUGUUGCCUUCUGCUCGUGGUCAUUGCAGAGGGAUCAGCGGAGAGAGAGAGAGGUAAAUAGAGAGAAAGAAAGAGUGUGAGAGAGAGAAAGAGAGAAAUAUAGAGCCACCUCCAGUGUUUGUGUUUAAAAUUGUAUAUGGGUGGGAUCAUGGCAGCUCUUUACAUAUCUUGUGUCAUCGUCUUCUCUUUUGUUACAUCAAAGUACUUCAAAAAUCAUGUAAUAUAUCAUUAAUAAAUGAUGAUUUCUUAAGUAGA